GCGAUAUACCCGUGCUCAGAAGCUGCCGCGCUCAACUUCCACCUUGUCACUUGCUUGUCGUCAAAUAACAAGACAGCUCCCGAUGACAACUCUCUGCAGAAUCCCGCUGACUCAGAAGUGACUCGGGAAGGGAACGUCAGACUGGCUCAGCUGAUUCAAGGUGACUGAGCACACGAGCUAAUUCUGUCUUCUUUCCGCGUGUGACCGGCUGGGAAGACAUGUUGGUUGUUUUGGGCUUCUUUCUACUUCUAAAUGGCGCCCGGGGGUUUGGAAUUCUGCCUGGAGACUCCCAGAGCCAUCUGGAUAUCACGGACACAGCCAUCUUAAAUGCCACCGUGCAGGUGUGCCGCGCUCUGGCCGAGACCGAGGGGAACGUCUUCACGACUCCGGCGCAACCUUUUACGGUUAGGGAUGUGGCCACGGCCUGCGGGGCUCGAAACUCCAUCAGAAGCUUCCAGCUGGCGAUUGUAACCAUCAAAUUCCGGAACGUGCGCGUGGACAUCCGCCAGGUGCUGAACGCCAGCUUCCACUUUGACGACGAGUCGUUCGCCGCAGGCCGGAACAUCAUCGUCGGGGGCCUGAUUACGGUGAAGAACAACAUCAAUCAGGAGGACUUUGAGGCGGCCAGGGAGAACUUGGGCACAAUUCUCCAUCCUUUACAGGACUUCUACAGCCAUAGCAACUGGGUGGAAAACGGUAACCAGUUUCCAAAUUCCAACCUAAUCAGAUCAGACACCAGUAUCGGCAACAUAGCAGCUGUAAACCGGGCCACUUGUCGCAGCUGUAAUGGCGAUGACUGCAGUGAUAACAUACUCGAGGACAUCAAGCGGGACAACGUACUGACUUCUGGGUACUUUAGCCUAUUCCCGACGGUGCCCUUCAAGCCCGCAGGAAAGUGCAGUCAUGGCGGAACUUUCGACCGGACCAGCAAUAUCAAUCCCACCGGCGGGAUCAACAAAGACACGGCAGACUCUGAACACGGGAAUCUCCACCAGGCGGCUGCAAAUCUGGCAGCAAUGGCGACCAGCGAGAUCCUGGAAAAUAUUCGCCAGGACGUGGACGACGUUCCGUUCCUCCGAAUGUUGGGAAUCUCCCGAGGGUCUGGGAAAGCUCUGUGCUUCGUGAUCGACACCACGGAGAGUAUGAGCGACGACAUCGCGGCGGUGCGGGCCGCCACUUCUUCUCUCAUCGAUGAUGUAGCGGGAACAGAGGAUCAACCUCAGUCCUUCAUUCUGGUUCCCUUCAAUGAUCCCGAAGUUGGGCCGCUGAUGAGGACAACUGACCCCCAAGACUUCAAAGGCUUCGUUGACGGUCUGUCAGCCAGCGGGGGAGGAGAUGAGGCAGAGAGGAGUCUCACUGGCCUUCAGCUGGGACUGAUGGGUUCUCCCCGGAGCUCUGACAUCUUCGUCUUCACUGACGCACCGGCCGAAGACGUGGAGCUGAAAACCACAGUAAUCGCUCUCAUCGAGCGCAGUCAGAGUGUGGUCAACUUCCUGAUCGCGGGGACAACGGUGGAAAACCGGCGUCGGAGUAGCAACAGGAUCGCCGCGGCUGACUCUCAGGUGUACCGAGACAUCGCCCAGGCCGCGGGGGGUCUGGCCGUGGAAGUGGAGACGGAUGAGCUCUUAAACGCCACGACCAUUAUUCGUCAGAUUUCCAACUCCUCUGUGGUGACGCUACUGCAGGCUUCCAGGGGUCCAGGAUCAGCGGAGAGCUUCACGUUUUUGGUUGACGAGACCACGAUGAACACCAGAAUUUACAUCACGGGAAACUCUACUACGUUCACGGUCACCAACCCUGCAGGCACAACUCACGGCGUCAUGGGCAACAUUUUGUUUACGUUGUCGUCCGUGGGAAACCUGGACAUUUUGGAGCUGAUCCCUGCGGAGGGAAGAUGGACAUUGGCCAUCACCUCAGCAAACCCGUACUCGCUGAGGGUCACUGCCCAGAGUCCCAUUGAUUUCCUGGUUGACUUUGUGGAGAUUGUGCCCGGAGGGAAUGAGUUCGACGUCCUCGACACACGUCCCACAGCCUGCAACAACGGCAGCCUGCUGGUGACGCUGACGGGCGGCGAGACCGCCGAGGUCACCGGCGUCACGCUAGUGGAGGCGGCGGGUACGGGAGAGGUCGCCGGCACCGUGGAGCCGCAGGGGAGCGGUCAGUUCCUGGUUCGUGUCGACAAGAUUCCAUCGGUGCCGUUCGUGGUGCGGGUGGACGGAACGGCCAACAAUGCAUCGUUUGAAUUCCAAAGGCAGUCGCCGACCAACUUCCAGGCAUCCAAUUUAACCAUCAGGGGGGAGGUAAACAACAACCUCGUGCCGGGGACACCGUUCUCCGUACCUUUUUCUGUCAGCGAAGACAGGGGAGGUAAUUUCUCCGUCACCGUCACUACCAACGACCAGCGCUUCACCACCAGUGCUCCCGGCAGUGUCCAGUUGCAACCAGGAGUCCCAAGCAACAACACCGUCAUGGUGUUUGCGCCCCUUAACACGCCGUCGGGGACCACCAUCACCCUCACCGUCGAGGUGAAAAACCCAGACAGUGGGGACACCAACUACUUAAUCCUGAGGAUCGGCGUCUUUAACACGGUGACGGACCUAACCGCUCCGGUGUGUGAAUUCCUAUCGUCCGUCAUAUGCGUACGGAUGAGCAGCACCGAAUCAUGGGCGGUGUCGCUGCGUGUGAGCGAUGGCGCGGACGGGACAGGCGUAGAGCGGGUCACCCGCAGGCAAGGCAACGGGACGCUGAAGGUGGAAACGUCCCUCAGCGACGGGAAUGUGACGCUGGUGAACUACAAUGCAUCCUGCGCCGACCCGGACUUGGUGCUGGAGGCGGUGGACCGGGUGGGCAACACUGUCGCCUGCGCCUUCAACGCCUUCAACGCCUUCCCGGCUUCAGGGGGCGUGGCAGCUUUGGUCAGCCAGGUGCACCUCGUAUGGGCGCUUAACCUGGCGCUCGGCCUCCUGCACAGCCUGUGGUGAGCUUUUAGAAGCAUCGCUAGGACUUGUCUUCCUCGAUGUCAUGGGUGUCAAACUCUGGCCCGCGGGCCAAAUCUGGCCCGCCAUGUAAUUUAAUUUGGCCCUUGAGGCAAUAUCAAUUUAGCAUUAGAGCUGUUAUACAGCGUCGGUGCCGCUGUAACACCGCGUUCCCCGCUAAUACUCAUACUUGCCAACCCUACUAAUUUUCCCGGUAGACCCCCGAAGUUCAGUUCCCCUCCCGGGGCAACCAUUCUCCCGAAUUUCUACAGAUUUCCACCCGGACAACUAAAUUGGGGGGCGUGCAUUUAAGGCACUGCCUUUAGCGUUCUCUACAACCUGUCGUCACAUAAUAUUUGUGGCUUUUACACACACACACAAGUGAAUGCAAGGCAUACUUGGUCAACAGCCAUACAGGUCACACUGUAUAAACAACUUUAGCACUGUUACAAAUAUGCGCCACACUGUGAACCCACACCAAACAAGAACGACAAACACAUUUCGGGUGAACGUCUGCACCGUAACACAACAGAACAAAUACCCGGAACCCCUUGCAGCACUAACUCUUCCGGGGAAGAGUUAGUUUUAUUCAUGCAUUUUCUCUUGCUACUUCAAGGCUUGAAUAUUUGGUUCAUUCAUUAUUAUUUUAUUUUCGAAUUUAUUACUAGCCUGUGGAAAAAAAUGUGAUAUUUACCUCAGAAGAUUGCAAAUAGAAAAAAAGACAUUACAUUUUAUUAAAAUUUUAUUUGAUAUGCCAUUGAUAUUUUUUUUAAUUAUUAUUAUUAUUAUUUGAAACUGGAUUUUGCAUGUCACUAAAGUUAUAUAAGCCUUGCUUGUUCAAUAUUUAAUGCAAAACUUGUUUGGGUCCUUAUUAAAAGGUUAAUUUGUUCCGUUUAAAAUUUUGGCCCACUCUGUAUUUGAGUUUGACACCCCUGCUCUACGUGGUCUUUGGCAAUCCUUAGUGGUCAAGACUUUUGCGUGACAAAACUGCCCUGUUUUUUUUUAAAUAUUGCUUUUGAUUUGUUUAUUAUAUUGCAACAUGAUGAUUGAAGGUAAACUCUUGGAAAAGAACACUGUGAUGAAAAUGUUGAAAGAAGGCUAAUUCAUUUAAAGGCCUACUGAAAUGAGAUUUUGUUAUUUGAACGGGGAUAGCAGGUCCAUUUUAUGUGUCGUACUUGAUCAUUUCGCGACGUUGCCAUAUUUUUGCUGAAAGGAUUUAGUAGAGAACAUCCACGAAAAAAUUCGCAACUUUUGGUCGCUAAUAAAAAAGCCUUGCCUGUACCGGAAGUAGCAGACGAUGUGCGCGUGACAUCACGGGUUGUAGGGCUCCUCAAAUCCUCACAUUGUUUCUAAUCAUAGCCUCCAGCAGCAAGAGAUAAUCGGACCGAGAAAGUGACGAUUUCCCCAUUAAUUUGAGCGAGGAUGAAACAUUUCUGGAUGAGGAAAGUUAGAGUGAAGCACUUUAAAAAAAAGAAAGAAAAGAAAAGGCGACGGGAGCGUUUCAGAUGUAAUUAGACACCUGUGUUAAUUUUGUUGACGAAAAAAUUUCGUCAUGGUUAUCGUCAACAACCUUUUUUUUCCUGACUAAAACGAGACAAUUACUAAAUAAAAAAUAAUUUACGCGGACUAAGACGAUGACGAGGUGUAUUGACAUGUUCGUCGACGAAUAAAAACGAGACGAAAAUGUCUGCCAGAGACGAGAUCCAAUCGGAACUCAUUUCGUUAGGAAGAGGCGGGAGGAGUUGGGAAGAGAACCAAUCAGAGCGACGCGGUAAGGAAGUUACGUAAACGUAGUUUGCGUUUGAGACUGAAGACAACACGUCAACGCCGGGGAGGAAGAGGAGAGAGGACAUAUGGGGAAAUUUUAUAUUUGAGGUCAAAGAUAACAAGACGCAGUGUAAGAAAUGCAGCGCGAGGAUUACGGGGAAAAACACAACAAACUUGAAGCGACAUUUACAGUCCAAUCACCCCGAAAUCCACACACAGGUAAGCAUUUUCCUGACGUUAUCCCGUUUAUUACACGGCUCACUCGUGAAAUACUAAAUUUGAGACGUGAUUUUCAUCAAAAUACGACUUGUAUCGGUGAUUUUUCCGCUGUUUUGCUUCGACUUUCAGAAAUUGAAGGGAAAGUUUACGUAUUACCCUUUAGUCGACUAAAUCUACUGUAGUUUUCGUCGACUAUAAUCUUAUGAUAUUUCGUCAACUAAAACUAGACUAAAACUAAAACAAUUUGAAUAACUAAAUUAUGACUGAAACUAAAUUACAUUUUAGUCAAAAGACUAUGACUAAAACUAAAUCAAAUUUUGCUGUCAAAAUUAACACUUACUAGGAUAAUUCUGGAAAAUCCCUUAUCUGCUUAUUGUGUUAAUAGUAUUUUAGUGAGAUUAUAAAGUCAUACCUGAAAGUCGGAUGGCUGCGGUGAACGCCAGUGUCUCUGAGAGAAGCCGAGGAGCCAAGAUCACAGCUGCCUUUUUGAGCUGCAGGAUGAGGUCGCAUAAUCCACUCAAGAGCCGACUUAAUAUCACAAUUUUCCCAUCCAAAAACUUGCUGGUUGACGUAGAACAGGGGUCACCAGCGCGGUGCCCGCGGGCACCACUUAGCCCGUAAAUACCAGAUGAGUCGCCCGCUGGCCUGUUCUAAAAAUAGCUCAAAUAGCAGCACUUACCAGUGAGCUGCCUCUAUUUUUGAAAUUGUAUUUAUUUACUAGCAAGCUGGUCUCGCUUUGCUCAACAUUUUUAAUUCGAAGAGAGACAAAACUCAAAUAGAAUUUGAAAAUCCAAGAAAAUAUUUUAAAGACUUGGUCUUCACUUGUUUAAAUAAAGUCAUUUAUUUUUUUUACUUUGCUUCUUAUAAUUUUCAUAUAGACAAUUUUAGAGAAAAAAUACAACCUUAAAAAUGAUUUUAGUAUUUUUAAACACAUAUACUUUUUAACCUUUUAAAUUCCUUCCUUUUCUUUCCUGAAAAUUUAAAUCAAUGUUCAAGUAAAUUUUUUUUUUUUAUUGUAAAGACUAAUAAAUACAUUUUAAUUUAAUUCUUCAUUUUAGCUUCUGUUUUUUGGACGAAGAAUAUUUGUGAAAUAUUUCUUCAAACUUAUUAUGAUUAAAAUUCAAUAAAAUUAUUCUGGCAAAUCUAGAAAAUCUUUAGAAUCAAAUUUAAAUCUUAUUUCAAAGUCUUUUGAAUUUGUUUUAAAAUUUUUGUUCUGGAAAAUCUAGAAGAAAUUAUGAUUUGUCUUUGUUAGAAAUAUAGCUUGGUCCAAUUUGUUAUAUAUUCUAACAAAGUGCAGAUUGGAUUUUAACCUAUAUAAAACAUGUCAUCAAAAUUUUAAAAUUAAUCUUAAUCAGGAAAAAUGACUAAUGAUGUUCCAUAAAUUAUUUUUUUUAAUUUUUCAAAAAUAUUAAAAUUAGCUAGUUUUUCCUCUCAUAUUUUUCGGUUGAAUUUUGAAUUUUAAAGAGUCGAAAUUGAAGAUAAACUAUGUUUCAAAAUUUCAUUUUCUUUUUUUUUUUCCUGUUUUCUCCUCUUUUAAACCGUUCAAUUAAGUGUUUUUUUUUCAUCAUUAAGUGUUUUUCAUCAUUAAGUGUUUUUUCAUCAUCAUCACUUAUACAAAAACCUUAUAUAUAUAUAUAUAGUUAUUUAUCAAAGGUAAAUUGAGCAAAUUUAGCUAUUUCCAGCAAUGUUUUUAAGUGCGUAUCAAACUGGUAGCCCUUCGCAUUAAUCAGUACCCAAGAAGUAGCUCUUGGUUUCAAAAAGGUUCGCUCUGUGUUAAAAUUUCACAACAAACAAAGAAACCCCGGCUGUGUUUCGGUUGCUAAAGGCAGCUGCAAUCCACCGCUUUCCACCAACAGCAUUCUUCUUUGACGUCUCCAUUAUUAAUUGGAACAAAUUGCAAAAGAUUCAGCAACACAGAUGUCCAAAAUACUGUGUUAUUAUGCGAUGAAAAGAGACGACUUUUAGCCGUGUGUGGUGCUGGGAGAACAUGUCCGCUCCGACCAAUAACGUCACAAGCACACGUCAUCAAAUUUAAAAUUGCAAUUUACUAAACUAAAGCGGCCGUAUUGGCAUGUGUUGCAAUGUUAAUAUUUCAUCAUUGAUAUAUAAACUAUCAGACUGCGUGGUGGCUAGUAGUGGCUUUCAGUAGGCCUUUAAAAAAUGUUUUGCUACAAGUUGAACACGCUUGUCUAUUUACACCUUGUUGUCGUUUUGCUGACGCAGCAAAAACCAAAGGCUCCUCACCUACUUCCACAAGACGUUUUUUUGACAUUCCGAGCUCGACGUUCUUUUUUGUCCUUUCUGUAGUCGGCUCAGCGCGUCCCUCACAACUUCAGUCUUUGUCACUCCUUCAAAUAAAAACACUAAAAAAAGA